GAGACAACUGGCUUUUACAAUGAUCCAAACUAAAUAUUUGUCCGCUUUUCUGAUCUUAACUCUUUUCCUGGCUGGUGCUGAUGGUCAAACACUGACUGAGUCUGAAUCAGUGGUGAAAAGACCUGGACAAUCACACAGACUGACCUGCACAUAUUCAGGGUUCAGUAGCGAUCACUGGAACACUUGGAUCAAACAGGCACCUGGAAAAGGACUGGAGUGGGUCGCUACUAUCACUAGUGAUGGUGGCAGCACUUACUACUCUCAGUCAUUUCAAGGCCGUUUCACCAUCUCCAGAGACAACAGCAGAAAGCAGGUGUAUCUGCAGAUGAACAGCCUGAAGACUGAAGACUCUGCUGUUCAUUAUUGUGCACGAUACGAUGGCAGCUAUGGCUACUUUGACUACUGGGGAAAAGGGACACAAGUCACCGUAACUUCUGCCACAGUGACCAGGCCGACAGUGUUUCCUCUACAACCAUGUGACAUGCAGGAUGGGACAGGAAUGAUCUCUUACGCCUGCCUUGCCACCGGCUUCACUCCGUCGGCACUGACCUACACAUGGACCGUAAAUGACAGUCCUUUUGCCGACUCCAUCCAGUAUCCUCCAGUCCUGAAAAACAACUUUUAUACUGGAGUCAGUCAGAUCCAAGUGAGGAGACAGGACUGGAACAACACCCAACUCUACAAAUGCCGUGUGGAACAUCAAGGGGAAAAUAGAGAGGUGAUAAUAAAGCCCGCAGAGACAAUCUAUGAGUUGCCAACUCUUACAGUCUCGGCCUCAGACGGUGAAAACGAUGUUACUUUUUCCUGCCUUGCCAAAGAGUUUUCUCCCAAAACUCAUGAGUUCAAAUGGCUGAAAAAUAAUCAAGAAAUUACCGGCAACAAACAUGAGAUUACAACAACUUCUGAGGGCAAACAAGUAAAUGGAACUACAAUGUACAGUGCAGCGAGUUUCCUCACAGUAGCUAGUCAGGACUUGGAAAGAGACGCUGAAUAUAUGUGCCAGUUUAAGGGGAAGGGUGAAGGAGGAGCAGCAACAUUUCUGAAUUCAACUGUGACCUACAGACCUACAAGUGAUCCGCCAUGUGAGGGAAAUCUUGGGGAAAGCGUGAAAGUAAAUAUCAUUCACCCCUCUUUAGAGGACAUGUUUCUAAACGGCAGAGGACAAGUACUAUGUGAAGUCUCUUCAACCCUUGUUCCAGUCUACAAAAUUUACUGGCUGAACCAUGACGGUAAAGAAAUGUCAGAUGGUGCCAUUGAACCCGGACUAAAGAAAGGCAAAUUCACAGCCCCUCUGCUCGUCUCAUAUGACGAAUGGAACAAUGGGAUUCAGUGCGAAUGCCGUGUUGAACUUGAUGGUGUGAUAGAGCCGAUAAUUAGACCCUACAGAAGGGCUUCUGGAGGAAAUCCUCAGCGUCCAUCAGUGUUUAUGCUGCCACCAAUAGAACACACUAAAAAAGAAAGUGUGACCCUGACUUGCUAUGUGAAAGACUUCUUCCCUGCGGACAUUUUGGUGUCUUGGCUCAUUGACGAUGAGCAACUAGAGUCAAACUCAGAGUAUGAGUAUAACACCACAAACCCUGUAGAAAACAGCGGUACCUAUUAUGCCUAUGCCCACUUAUCAGUCACUGCUGAUAAGUGGAAAGAGACGGACACAGUGUAUAGCUGUGUAGUUUACCACGAAUCUGUGAUCAACACAACUAAAACCAUCGUCAGGUCCAUUGGGCACAGAUCGCUUGAAACCACCAACCUGGUCAACCUCAACAUGAACAUCCCUGAAACGUGCAAGAGCCAGUAUCAAGAUUUCCGGAUUGACAUGUUCUACCAAGAGAACAGUGACCAGCUGAAAGAAGGCGAUAAUCUGCAGAGCACCGCCCUCACCUUCAUCCUUCUCUUCCUCAUCACUCUGGUGUUCACCAUCGGAACCACUGCUUUCAAGUGCUUCCGCUCGCUGCUCGCCCUGUUCACUCUGCCCUGUCAAGCUGCAACAUCUGUAUGUAUGAUUCAACUGAUCAAUGAGUUCAACAUUGAAAGAAUAAUGUUUACAUACAACAGUACAAACAAAGACAGCCGAAAUAAAAUUACCCCUUUUUUUUUCAUUUCAGAAGAGAAGAUUGUCUCUCCAAACAUCACAGUAUACCCUAUCUGGGAAAGAAAAAACACACUUUCAACACUCAAGCUCAUCUGUUCCUUAAGUGACUUUUAUCCAAGUGACCUGACUGUAACAUGGGAAAAGAACGACCAGCUUCUAAACGUAAGACAAAACCAAAGAAAGCAGAAGAGUGCGGAGAACACAUUCAGUUUCAGCAGUGAGAUUGAGCCAAAUAGUGCUGACUGGAAUGGUGGCUCAAAGUUCACAUGCAAAUCCAUCCACAAAGGCACGGAGCAGAAAGCGUCUACAAGUAUUUGUAAUGUUCUUCCAAACAGUCCCCCAUUGGUUCAUGUGGAGAUUCCCAGCUUUGAGGCAGUGAUGAGCUCAACGUCUACAGUGAAGGCUAGAUGUACUGUGCACAGUGCCUUUGCUGCCACAGUGAAGUGGUUGAUAGAUGGGAGUUCUGCACUGAGUAACACUGUGAUGCAGGUCCCCAGCACAACUUAUAUAAUCAGCGAUUUGACACUUUCCCCAAAUAAAUGGAGAAGACUCGACCGAGUAACAUGCAGAGCAGAACAUCCAUGCUUCACACCUACUCAUACUGAGAAGACAGUGAACGUUGCAGGGCCUGCAGUUACAGAUCCAGUGGUGGAGAUCAGAAGAUCAUUCCCAGAUUUCCUGAAGGGAGACAGUGCUGUCCUGGUGUGUGAUGUCACAAAACUCUCCUCCACUGAUCUGUUUGUCACCUUUGAGGCCAACGGUGUUAAGAUUUCUCCUAAACAGUAUGUGGAUCUCCCUGAAGCACCAGGUCCAUAUUCAAUCAGUAGAAGUUUUCCUGUCCCUUCAAAUCACCUGAGGAAAGGCAAGAGUUUCACCUGCAAAGUGACCCAAGGUUUCUCCAGGACAUUUCCAUCAGUAUCCACAGUCAAUAUUUUUGUGGAGCCAGUGAUGGAGCUCCUUCUGGCCCCCAGUGCAGAGUCAGGACAACAGAUGUUGUUGUGCACUGGUCAAGGCUUCGACCCUCAAAUAAAAUGGUCUUCUGAAUCUCGGCAAAUACGUGAGUCAAAAAGUGACAUCAGCAUGGAUGCAAAUGGACGUGUGACUGUGAUCAGUCAACUAAAAGUCUCUGAAGCAGAGUGGAAAACAGGGAAGGUCUACAACUGUGAAGUAUCUGACAAGACUCUCAAAGACCAGAUCAAUCGGGAAAUCAGCAUCUGUUCAGGACAAGAGAAGGUUCCUCCUUUCAUUCACGUGGAGACUCCAACCUUUGAGACAAUGAUGAGUGCAACCUCUGAUGUGAAAGCAACAUGUUCAGUCCGCACAGUAUUUGCUGCCACAGUGACCUGGUUAAUAGAUAAUUCUCCACAGAUUAACCCUGAGAGGCAGGUCACCAACACAACUCAUAUAAUCAGUUAUUUGACACGCUCCCCAAAUACGUGGAGAGGACUCAACCAAGUAACAUGCAGAGCAGAACAUCCAUGCCUCACACAAACUGAGAAGACAGUGAACGUUGCAGGGCCUGCAGUUACAGAUCCAGUGGUGGAGAUCAGAAGAUCAUUCCCAGAUUUCCUGAAGGGAGACAGUGCUGUCCUGGUGUGUGAUGUCACAGAACUCUCCUCCACUGAUCUGUUUGUCACCUUUAUGGCCAACGGUGUUGAGAUUUCUCCUAAACAGUAUGUGGAUCUCCCUGAAGCACCAGGUCCAUAUUCAAUCAGUAGAAGUUUUCCUGUCCCUUCAGAUCACUGGAAAAAAGACAAGAGUUUCACCUGCAAAGUGACUCAAGGUUUCUCCAGGACAUUUCCAUCAGUAUCCACAGUCAAUAUUUUUGUGGAGCCAGUGAUGGAGCUCCUUCUGGCCCCCAGUGCAGAGUCAGGACAACAGAUGUUGUUGUGCACUGGUCAAGGCUUCGACCCUCAAAUAAAAUGGUCUUCUGAAUCUCGGCAAAUACGUGAGUCAAAAAGUGACAUCAGCAUGGAUGCAAAUGGACGUGUGACUGUGAUCAGUCAACUAAAAGUCUCUGAAGCAGAGUGGAAAACAGGGAAGGUCUACAACUGUGAAGUAUCUGACAAGACUCUCAAAGACCAGAUCAAUCGGGAAAUCAGCAUCUGUUCAGGACAAGAGAAGGUUCCUCCUUUCAUUCACGUGGAGACUCCAACCUUUGAGACAAUGAUGAGUGCAACCUCUGAUGUGAAAGCAACAUGUUCAGUCCGCACAGUAUUUGCUGCCACAGUGACCUGGUUAAUAGAUAAUUCUCCACAGAUUAACCCUGAGAGGCAGGUCACCAACACAACUCAUAUAAUCAGUUAUUUGACACGCUCCCCAAAUACGUGGAGAGGACUCAACCAAGUAACAUGCAGAGCAGAACAUCCAUGCCUCACACAAACUGAGAAGACAGUGAACGUUGCAGGGCCUGCAGUUACAGAUCCAGUGGUGGAGAUCAGAAGAUCAUUCCCAGAUUUCCUGAAGGGAGACAGUGCUGUCCUGGUGUGUGAUGUCACAGAACUCUCCUCCACUGAUCUGUUUGUCACCUUUAUGGCCAACGGUGUUGAGAUUUCUCCUAAACAGUAUGUGGAUCUCCCUGAAGCACCAGGUCCAUAUUCAAUCAGUAGAAGUUUUCCUGUCCCUUCAGAUCACUGGAAAAAAGACAAGAGUUUCACCUGCAAAGUGACUCAAGGUUUCUCCAGGACAUUUCCAUCAGUAUCCACAGUCAAUAUUUUUGUGGAGCCAGUGAUGGAGCUCCUUCUGGCCCCCAGUGCAGAGUCAGAACAACAGAUGUUGUUGUGCACUGGUCAAGGCUUCGACCCUCAAAUAAAAUGGUCUUCUGAAUCUCGGCAAAUACGUGAGUCAAAAAGUGACAUCAGCAUGGAUGCAAAUGGACGUGUGACUGUGAUCAGUCAACUAAAAGUCUCUGAAGCAGAGUGGAAAACAGGGAAGGUCUACAACUGUGAAGUAUCUGACAAGACUCUCAAAGACCAGAUCAAUCGGGAAAUCAGCAUCUGUUCAGGACAAGAGAAGGUUCCUCCUUUCAUUCACGUGGAGACUCCAACCUUUGAGACAGUGAUGAGUGCAACCUCUGAUGUGAAAGCAACAUGUUCAGUCCGCACAGUAUUUGCUGCCACAGUGACCUGGUUAAUAGAUAAUUCUCCACAGAUUAACCCUGAGAGGCAGGUCACCAACACAACUCAUAUAAUCAGUUAUUUGACACGCUCCCCAAAUACGUGGAGAGGACUCAACCAAGUAACAUGCAGAGCAGAACAUCCAUGCCUCACACAAACUGAGAAGACAGUGAACGUUGCAGGGCCUGCAGUUACAGAUCCAGUGGUGGAGAUCAGAAGAUCAUUCCCAGAUUUCCUGAAGGGAGACAGUGCUGUCCUGGUGUGUGAUGUCACAAAACUCUCCUCCACUGAUCUGUUUGUCACCUUUAUGGCCAACGGUGUUGAGAUUUCUCCUAAACAGUAUGUGGAUCUCCCUGAAGCACCAGGUCCAUAUUCAAUCAGUAGAAGUUUUCCUGUCCCUUCAGAUCACUGGAAAAAAGACAAGAGUUUCACCUGCAAAGUGACUCAAGGUUUCUCCAGGACAUUUCCAUCAGUAUCCACAGUCAAUAUUUUUGUGGAGCCAGUGACAGAGCUCCUUCUGGCCCCCAGUGCAGAGUCAGGACAACAGAUGUUGUUGUGCACUGGUCAAGGCUUCGACCCUCAAAUAAAAUGGUCUUCUGAAUCUCGGCAAAUACGUGAGUCAAAAAGUGACAUCAGCAUGGAUGCAAAUGGACGUGUGACUGUGAUCAGUCAACUAAAAGUCUCUGAAGCAGAGUGGAAAACAGGGAAGGUCUACAACUGUGAAGUAUCUGACAAGACUCUCAAAGACAUCAAAAACAAGACCAAACAGGAAAUCAGCAUCUGUUCAGUAACUCCACCGUCAUCUCAGAUUGUUGGCGUAUACAUUCAGGGACCACCUCUCCAGGAGAUUCAGCAUAAGGGACAGAUGACUAUCACUUGUCUUCUGGUCGGCCCUCAUCUUAAUGAUUUCACCAUUACUUGGAGGGUGGAUGAAAACAUACAAUCUCCUCAAAACAUCCGUAUGGAGGCACCAGUAAGUCACAACAAUGGGACAGAGACGAAGCGGAGUUUCCUCACAGUGUCAGCGCAGGACUGGGAUGCAUACAAACAAGUGUCCUGUGAGGGAAAGCAUAUAUGUUCUAAACAGGGCUACAAGGACCAUACAAACAAAAGCAGAGAGUUACAUGUACCGACAGUACAGGUAGUAACUGUGUCUGAGCCGUCACUAUCAGACACCGCCACUCUUGUCUGCUUAGUUUCUGGAUUUUUCCCACCUGACAUCAUAGUGAACUGGAAGAAAAAUGGCCUCAAACUUCCAUCAUCUAAUCACGUCAACAGUCCUCCAUGGAAAGAUGCAGAGAGUGGCACUUAUUCAAUGAGCAGCAGAAUGAGCAUAUCUCAAACCGAGGACCAAGAAGCCACUUAUUCCUGCGUCGUCAGCCAUGAAUCAUCUGAUAAACCUUUAGAAAGCACCACAAAGGAUGUUUUUGCCACUGUGACCCCAACUCAGCCGUCAGCCAUGUUGCUCCAGGGCUCAAAUGAACUCGUGUGCCUGGCUUUUGGCUUCAGCCCGGCGUCUAUUAACAUCACUUGGUUUCUCGAUGAAGACAAGGAACUUUCAGAUUAUAACACCAGCGAGCCCCAUAGAGGUCCAAAUGGAAAGUUUAGCAUCCAAAGCCGUCUCCGUCUGUCCCCAGUCAACAUGUUACCAGGGGCGGUCCACACCUGCAGGGUGGCCCAUACAACCAUUACCAUAGAUGUGAACAUAUCUCAACCAGAAAACCUGGAUGGGUGUAACCUCUUUGAUGACAUCAUGCAUGUAGAUACAAACCAAGACAUGGGUGUGGAAAGCUGGUAUAUGGCUUGCUCAUUCCUUCUUUGUUUUCUCAUCUCGAUUGUCUACGGUCUAUGUGCUACUCUGGUCAAGACGAAAUGAUGUCAGCCAGAAAAAUCCCAGCGUACUUUUAUAAAUAUGGACUGCUGCUGCCUGACUUGUUUCAAAAUGAAUGCAUUUGGAUAUAGAUGUUUGUUUUAAUCUUAGAUUUUACAUGAUUACAUAAUUCCUUAAUGUGUAAAUUUC